CCGUAAAAAUGGAGAGUGGUCGUAAAAAAUAAGAUCGGCUCCGCGAGACGAGACAAAAUUUUUUUUUCGCCCGUCCGAUGGACCAGACGCGCCGACGGCCGGUGACAUGUAAAUAGGACAGUGCGCGCGACCGGUCCGUCAAAACAGUUUUGUAAAUAAGGUGGCGCAGUAAAAAAAUAAAUAACCGAAGGUGGCUGUGAUAGAAUUGUAAUGGCAGAUGAUCAGUCCGAGAAUAGCCUGGCGAUACUGCAGUCGAUGAUCGAUGUGUCGGCGGACAGGCUAGUCGGACUCAGGACCCAGUGCACCACCAGCUCUGAGCUCACGCAACAGGAGAUCCGAACACUCGAGGGUAAACUGUUGAAACUGUUUAGCGAGCAAAUCGUGACGAAGUCGAAGCUGAAGAAUGGCGGUGGCAUCGUGGGUGUCGAGCAGCUCAAGCAUGUGCCCUCCCUCACCAAGUGGCUGCAGGUGGUCGGCCUCAGUCAGGAGUCGAUACGCGGUAUUUGUUCGCGCAUCGCCACCGUCGAGGAGCUGCAGGAGAAAUCCGAACACGAUCUGCGCGUCAUACUCGAGGAGCACAACGCUCGCCCCGAGGAGCACAGCCGUCUAUGUCGCGCGUUGCUCAACCUCAAACGAUACACCGAUGCGUUAAGGAAAGGCGGAGGUGUGGAAUCGGCCGAGAUGAAUCUGUUUUGGGAUUCGUGGGACUGCGCGAACCAUCCGAUACGCGGACAGUCACCGCGCACCGCCCGCACUCGAUCCCGCGUCUCCGUACCUUCCGAAGAGAUGCUGAUGUAUAACAACAACCCGCACCACCACCUCCACCACCACCACAAUCAUCAGGCGGGAUCGGCAGGAGGUGCGCUCAUACCGCCCUCAUCCUCAGUGUCUAGCAUCAACACGUUGAAUGCGCAUGUACCCGGGGGCGGGCAGCACCAGCCGCCCCUCACGCCGCCCGGCCACUGCAAGGGCAAAGGUUCAAAAUUUCGGACGACGCCACCAGCGAGACGAAAGCAAGGAGUUUUCAUGGGCAACUUAGAAAUGUACCCGAUAACGAAGAGCAAGUCGCACGAAUUCGAAUUGGCACAAACCAAAACGGAAAACGGCGACAUUUCAACGAAUGGAACAGGACGACGACAAAGGCUGCCGACCGAACCGGGCCCCGACACGAAUAUAGACUGCAUCAGUCCCGUUUUGACCAGUCCCGUUAAAUCGCCGCCUUACAGCAACAGCGGCGGAACCGACAGCGACGACAACAGCAUCUCAAUAAGUUUGGCGGUGCCGAGUUCGCCGCGGACGUUGGCCCCGCCGGCGGGCGGUCCGCGCGGCAUGACGCACCACAUCAAUCACCGCUUCAACAAGAAGUUCGAGGUGCUGAAGACGUGCGCGUACUGCCAGAAACCGAUCUACUUCGCCGCCGGCCUCAAGUGCAAGGAGUGCAAGUACACGUGCCACAAGCACUGCAAGGAACGCGUGCCCGCCUCUUGCGGCCUGCCCACCGAACUGCUCAAGGAGUUCAAGAAGCACAUGACCGAGAGUGAGUGGAACCUGGUUGUGUUGUUAUACGGGUUGCACGAGUCGGAGGGCGGCACUGCCACGCACGGUGGCGUCGCCGAUGCUCGCGGUCGCCAUGGAGUUGUGUUAUCACCACCGACCGGCCGACAAAAAUCCUUAGUCAACUCGUCAAAACGAAAACCGUCACAUCCACAACCAUGUAGCAAUCUCCCGCCGUUUCAUAACCAGGAUUCUAGUUCGAACACGUCGAGUUGUAACAGUUCGACGCCGAACAGUCCGGCGAUACCACCACAAACUCUCAACACACCUCAGUCGCACCACAAAUCGUCAUUCAACUUUCCAGAUGUGACGAAAAGGAGUGACGAACACGCGGAGGACGGUUGCGUCUUUACCGACGUAAAUCUUGACGUCCCGAAUUUAACGUUGCGCAAACCGAUCCUGUCCUCAGAUGAUCCAUCAGUCCGGACCACGUCUUCGGGCGGUUCUACCAGCACCACAGACUCGGAUCGAACGCCCGCUCGUGUAGAUAGUCAAGACAGUCAGGUGUCGGACACGGAUACCAUCACCGACGAGCAUCGGUGGCCCCGACAAAAUAGCCUCUCAAUGAGAGAAUGGGACAUACCUUUUCAUGAGGUGGUGCUGGGCAACGAACUGGGUACGGGUCGGUUCGGCACUGUUUACCAGGGUAAAUGGCACGGAGAUGUUGCGGUCAAAAUCCUAAACAUGAACUAUCUGGAAGACGAGAAAACUUUGGAACAGUUUAAAAUGGAAGUGGCGACGUUCAGGAAAACACGACACGAGAAUCUGAUCUUGUUCAUGGGGGCAUGCAUGAAACCGCCCAAGUUGGCGAUUGUAACAAGUUUAAGCAAGGGUAACACUUUGUACACUCACAUACACCUACGUAAGGAUAAGUUCAACAUGAACAAGACAACUCUUGUCGCCCAACAAAUUUCUCAAGGCAUGGGUUACCUACACGCCAAAGGAAUUGUACACAAAGACUUGAAGAGUAAAAAUAUAUUCCUGGAAAACGGGAAAGUUGUGAUAACCGAUUUCGGACUUUUCAGCGUUACCAAAUUGUGUUUCGGCAAUCGGAAAUCGGAUAGUUUAAAUAUACCACCUGGAUGGUUGUGUUAUUUAGCGCCGGAGAUUAUGAGAAGUCUGCAUGCACAUCAGGCACACGAUGAGGAGUUGCCUUUCAGCAAAGCGUCAGACGUCUACGCCUUUGGCACCGUGUGGUACGAGUUGCUGUGCGGAGAGUGGCCUUUUAAGGGACAACCGCCGGAGGCUGUGAUCUGGCAGGUGGGAAAAGGGAUGAAGCAACCAUUGGCCAAUUUGCACGCUUCACGCGACGUGAAGGACAUCCUGAUGCGGUGCUGGUCAUACAGGCCGGAGGCGCGUCCCGAGUUCAGCACGUUGCUGAACGUCGUGGACAAAUUGCCGAAGCGGCGAUUGGCGCGCAGCCCCUCUCACCCCAUACACCUGUCGCGGUCGGCGGAGUCGGUCUUCUGAUGUUCUGAAAUUGUUGUGAUAUAAAAUACGAAAAGAGCUGUUUAUUUCUUUUUUCGGUGGGACGAGCGUUUGGUACAUAUCUCUAUAUUAUAUACUAUAUAUAUUUAAAAAAAAUGCUAAUCGUUUUUAAGGCGAUGUACCAAAAAAAAAAACAAAUUAAUCUUUAUUCCAGUAUUGCAAAGUUUUACUGUGAUGUAAUUUUUCGUUGAAGGACUGCGAAAUCCGCCCGAUACGAUUUUUAUAGAUUGGGUUAAAAUGAAUUGUGUAUAUUCGAUAUAAACAGGGUUCGUUUCUGUCGCAUUUCGCGGUCGUUUUCGUUAUCCCUUGUACAAAAUCGCAACGACUGUAUUUAUAAAUUUUUAAACUUGGUGCUAUUCUGUACAUCGGGCGUAAAAUAUUUAUUUUAAAAAACAAUGAGUCACUUGUAUAUAUUUAUUGAAAUUUUCUUGUCUCAAUGUUUGUGAUAAAACAUGUUUUUUAGUGUAGAAUAAUGAAAAACCAAUUGAAUUUCUCAGUACUUGUAUCCGAGGUUCGUUCUCAGUUUUCGACGUGGUUAAUUUUUGUCGUUCGCAGAACGGAGAACGAAGCUCAUUGGAGCAAAGCAUUAUUCUAAAACGUUUUACGAAUGUUUUUUAUCGAGUUUUACGACAAUAUUUAUUUAUUAAAAGAGGUCUGAACCGGUUCUACUAAUUCGGAACGUGUUUAGAUCGUCCGUUGUUCGUUUGUAUGAAGCAUUGUGACGGAAUCCGGACUCUGGUACCGUGAUAAUGCUUCUUUUAUGCUACAACACUAUUUAAUUUUAAAGAGCUCAAAAUUAUAAACGUUGCCAAGCUGAAUAGAACGAUUAUAUUUAUUUUUUGUGUUCUAUUCUUUUUGGCAUUCACGUUUUGCGCUCUGCAUUCAAAUCACUGUAGUUUUAAAUCUAUUGUUGACUAUUGUUUCUGCGCAAAUGACUGUAAAUAUUAUAUGUAUAUAUUAUCUCUUUUUUGGACUCGAGAUGUCUCAACUUGAGCCAAUGUAUAUAUGUUUAAAAAAUAAACAAGCAUUCCUUCACAUGUUUAAAUCACUCUAGUCAAUUUAUAAUAAUUUUUAUUUUAAACAUGAAUUUGAACCACAAAUAAACACGAUACGACUGAGUUUGUACAAUAGUUAUUAGUCAGAAUCUGCUUGGUUUCUACAAACGAAUAGUUCCUAUGGACUUAAUACAAUGUUAUGGAUUUUCCAAAACUAUCAACUAUUGUGCCAAACUUGUACACAUUAGUUGGAGAUGUUUGUUUCUCGUUGAUUUUAUUAUUUGUCGUUCAAAUCCGGUCACUUUCGAUAUCUUGUGGUGGCGUGUUUUAAUAUUCUCGUUUUUUAUACUAUGUUCAACGGACACGGCAAUGUUACUUUUUGAAAAUUGCAAGAAAAUCUAUUUAUUGUAUUUCUGCCGCCACACUAUAACAGUCAAUGUACAUUGAUAAGGGAAUAUGGUAAAAUAAAUAACAUACACAAGA